AUUAUCCAUCCAGCUUCCAGCCGUCGCUCCUCUUGCAGCUACGCUCCCCGCAGUUGGCCAUCUCCAAACUCCAAUGUUCUCCGCGUCUAAAUCUCUCCUGUCCCCGGCCUCACUUCCUGCCAUGGCGACUCGGCCGCCGCCAUAUCUACCAGCCCGCUGCGCUCCGUACUCGCGGCCACCGCCACUCUGCUCCGUGGCGCGGGCCACCGCCCCUCUGUCCGCCGUCUCAUCGCCGCCCUCUACCACGAAGAAGGUUCUCGUGCCUAUCGCCAUGGGCACGGAGGAGAUGGAGGCGGUCAUCCUGGCCGGCGUCCUCCGGCGAGCCGGCGCAGACGUGACGCUGGCCUCCGUGGAGGACGAACUCGAGGUGGAGGCGUCGUGUGGCACACACAUCGUCGCAGACAAGCCCAUUGCCGCCUGCGCCGACCUGGUGUUCGACCUUGUGGCUCUACCGGGAGGAAUGCCUGGUUCGGUGCGGUUGAGAGACAACGAGAUCCUUCAGAGUAUCACGGUUAGACAGGCCGAGGAGAAAAGGUUGUAUGGUGCUAUAUGUGCUGCACCAGCUAUUGUUCUCAUGCCAUGGGGUCUUCACAGGGGAAAAAAGGUCACCUGCCAUCCGUCCUUCAUAGGAGAUCUCCCAACAUUUCGAGCUGUUGAAUCAAAUGUUCAGAUUUCAGGAGAGCUUACGACUAGUCGUGGUCCAGGGACAACAUUUCAGUUUGCUUUAUCAUUUGUCAAGCAACUUUUCGGGCCUCAUGCAGCUGAAGAUAUGGAAAGUACAUUGAUGGCACAAAUUGAUGCUGAUCUUGAGAGAAGUACAGAAGUCAACAAAGUUGAGUGGUCCUUUGAUCACAACCCUCAGGUUCUCAUUCCGAUUGCAAAUGGGUCAGAGGAGAUGGAGAUCAUAAUGUUGGCGGAUAUUUUAAGACGGGCAAACAUAAAUGUGGUGUUGGCAUCUGUUGAAAAAUCUACAAGUAUUGUUGGAUGUCAAAGGAUGGAGAUUGUUGCUGAUAAAUGCAUUCUGGGUGCUUCUGAGUCAAAAUAUGAUCUAAUCAUUCUGCCCGGAGGACCUGCUGGAGCUGAGCGGUUGCACAAGUCCAAAAUCUUACAAAAGUUACUCAAGGAGCAAAAGCAAGCAUGCAGAAUUUAUGGUGCGGUCUCUUAUUCUCCACUGAUCUUGCAGAGGCAAGGUUUACUUCAGGACAAAAAAGCAACAGCUCAUCCCGACAUAGUCAACCAGCUCACUUGCCAAGUUAUUGACCGAUCAAAGGUUGUGAUUGACGGAAAUUUGAUUACCGGGAAGGGUCUUGGGACAGUCAUUGAUUUUUCCCUGGCUAUUAUUAGAAAAUUCUUUGGCCAUAGACGAGCCAAACUUGUGGCAAAUGGAAUAGUUUUUUAUUACCCCAAUAGCUAAAGCACCUGACAUUUCUGGUACUAUGUGAUGUUCUGAAAGGAGACACGUUCAGUUGUGCUAUGGGGAUCUUGCGCAGAUGUGCUUGGGACUAAAACUGAACGUGACUCUACUGGAUACAGCAAAACAUUAGUAUGUUGCUGUCUUACUGGACAGAUGGACUGAAAUCAUCGACUAUACGCUGGGAUGGACCAAAUUUGCACUGCAAAGAUUUAGUCGGGGUCAGUUCAUCUUGACAUGAUCAGUUGCCAUAUAAAUGAUUCGGGUGGGCCACUAAAUGAGAGAUGCACGGUGUCCAUGUAUAUUUUUGAGGGUGGCCUUCAAUAGAUGAGAACUCAUUUGACGUUGCUCCAUUCUUCGUGCCUCAUUUCUGAAGCUUAGUUGUCUAAUGCAAGCACAGUGGCUUCCGUUGUUCUAUGCUUACAAAUAUUUGUUCCAGACGUUUUUGACAUGUAAUCAUUCCAGAUUUGUCUGUGUGUAAGGUUGAUGUAUUUUGUCCUACUGCUUUUAACUCAAUAAAUUGAUAAGAAGAGAAGCAUCCAUGAUAA